UACCAAACGCAACCACCACCUGCCUUUUCCCCACCAUUUCUCCCUCUCCCCGCCCGCCCGACCGCGACCAGCCACCGUCUCGUCCCGCCCAGCCCCGCGGUUGCUUCAGAUCUCCUCCUCCCCCGAGCAGCCACCGGCCAGCGCCAGCUCCUCCCGGCAGGAUAGUCUAGCCCGCGCCACUGCACGCGUAUAUAAAUCCUAUCCCCAUCGUCGCUCUCCCCACCCGCACCCGCCCAUCUCUGCUGCCCGUUUUUCUUCGCGCGCCAUGAUCUGAUCCCAGACGGCGGCUCGGCGAGGCUGCUCCGGAUCUGGCGUGAUCCGUCCUCGGCCGUGUUGGGGGGAAUUCGGGAUCUUGUGUGAGCGGAAUGGAGGUCUUCGGCCCCGUCACGCCCGGGCAGGUGUCAUUUUUGCUUGGUCUAUUCCCUGUCCUCAUUGCAUGGAUCUAUUCUGAAAUCCUGGAAUACAGAAAAUCUUUAUCUCAUGGGAAAGUUCAUUCGGAUGCUAAUUUGGAUAAUGAAACCAUCAAGGAAGAUGACAAGGUGGUGUUACUUGAAGGGGGCCAGUCAAAAUCACCACCUACAAAGUUCCGGAACAUGUCUACCAAAGCGAACUUAAUACGGUUUUUAACAAUGGACGAGUCUUUUCUGCUUGAAAACCGUGCUGUAUUGAGAGCCAUGGCUGAGGUUGGCAUUGUUCUGGUUUAUUUUUACAUUUGUGAUCGGACAAACAUAUUUCCAGAAAGCAAGAAGAGCUACAACCGCGAUCUGUUUCUGUUUUUGUACAUUCUUCUCAUCAUAGCAUCAGGACUUACUUCACUUAAGAAGCACCAUGAAAAAUCAGCAUUUUCAGGAAAGUCCAUACUCUAUCUUAAUCGCCACCAAACUGAGGAAUGGAAAGGGUGGAUGCAGGUCUUAUUUCUGAUGUAUCACUAUUUUGCUGCCUCAGAAAUAUAUAAUGCAAUCCGUGUGUUCAUUGCUUGCUAUGUCUGGAUGACUGGAUUUGGCAAUUUCUCAUAUUACUAUAUCAAGAAAGACUUUAGCAUUGCAAGAUUUUCUCAGAUGAUGUGGAGACUAAAUUUCUUUGUGGCGUUCUGUUGCAUUGUCCUUGACAAUGAUCUCAUGCUAUAUUAUAUCUGCCCCAUGCACACCCUAUUUACUCUUAUGGUAUACGGAUCGCUUGGUCUGUUUAACAAAUACAAUGAGAUACCAUCAAUCAUGGCUAUUAAGAUUGCCUGCUGCUUCUUGUCUGUAAUUUUGAUAUGGGAAAUCCCUGGGGUAUUUGAACUAUUGUGGUUCCCCUUUACAUUUCUGCUAGGCUAUAAAGAUCCAGAGCCUUCUAAGGCAAACUUACCCCUGUUACAUGAGUGGCAUUUCCGAUCUGGCCUUGAUCGAUACAUAUGGAUUAUUGGAAUGAUUUAUGCUUACUUCCACCCUAAUGUUGAAAGAUGGAUGGAGAAGCUGGAAGAAUCUGAGACUAAGGUUAGAUUAUCAAUCAAGGGAACCAUUGUGACUAUUUCGUUGAUGGCGGCCUAUCUGUGGUAUGAAUAUAUCUACAAGCUAGACAAAAUUACAUACAACAAGUACCAUCCCUACACGUCAUGGAUCCCUAUAACUGCUUAUAUCUGCCUACGCAAUUGCACCCAGCAGUUGAGGAGUGCCUCCUUGGCUCUUCUCGCUUGGCUUGGCAAGAUUACACUAGAGACUUACAUUUCUCAGAUCCACAUUUGGCUCAGGUCUAGUAUGCCAAAUGGACAGCCAAAAUGGCUUCUUUCUUUCAUACCAGAUUAUCCAAUGCUUAACUUCAUGCUUACUACAGCGAUCUAUCUUCUUCUGUCAUACCGGGUGUUUGAGCUUACAAACGUACUGAAGGGGGCUUUCAUCCCCAGUAGGGAUAACAAUCGUCUAUAUCAAAAUUUUCUUGCUGGGAUCGCCAUAUCAGUGUGUCUCUAUUGCUGCUCACUCAUUCUUCUGAAAAUUCCUAUGGUAUAGGGGUGAUAAAAUUCAAAGUAAAUGAUACUCGGUAGAAGGUUGCUUCUGCCAUUUGUUUGCUUGAUAGGAUAUCCAGCGCUGGCCUCAAUUCGUUUCCCUGCAGUCAGAUAGUUGGACUGCCUGAAGAAGAUGCAAAUUUGCGCAUAUUGGAUAUUGAGCUGCCAGAAGGUGCAGACAUAGAAGGCCAAUUUUGCUCUUUUCUUUCAAUUUCUUUUCCUUGAAGACACUGUGCACAAUUAGGCAAGCCGUAGCCGUGCAUUCAUUUGGAAGUUAUUGCAGCUGGCUGAAGUCGAUACAACCGUGUAAGCAUUCUCCCCAAACACUGUACCGUGUUGUACCAUUGUAGAUUCAUACAAGAAAGAAGGGCUUUCCUCCUGUAAGAGAAGAUAUAUAUAAAGGCAAGCCCGCGCAUUUUUCAACUGUAUAA